CCUUAGAAAUAGCAGUUACAAACUUGUCUCUUUAUGUUCGCACCUCUCCACUCUCUCUUCUAGGGCAAUUCUCACAAAAGCUUUCUUCAUCUUCUCUUUCAUUAUACAUUCAAAAAAAAACCAAUCGAUUCAUAAACUUAACCUCCACAAAUCAAUUUCUAUAGCAAGACGAUGGGGGAGAUUCUGACGGGAGGGGUAAUCGAGAUGAUAAGAAACGAGGCGGUGAAGAGCCACGAGGACAUGAUACCGGUUCUCCAAGUCACGGAGCUGAAGAUGUUCACGGCUCAGACGGUGCCGUCCAAGGAGAGGAUUAGGGUUCUGCUAUCAGACGGGACGGCCUUCAUUCAGGGGAUGCUCGGCAUCACUCUCAACCCUCUCGUCAAAGACGGCCUCCUCCAAGCCGGUUCCAUCCUCCGCCUCGAUCAUUUCCUCUGUAGCGAGAUCCAAAAGAAAAAGAUUGUUGUGAUUUCGCAAUUGGAAGUGAUAGCAACGAAUGCUGAUAUAAUUGGAGCAAGAAAGCCUAAUAAUAAUGAUCCGCGUGGUGGAGUAGGAGACUCUAAUCCAACUAGUGGGUUUAGGAGCAACACUGAGAUAGGGGCGACUGUUUUACCUCAACAGAGACAACAAGUGUAUGGUUCUGGUUCUAUUUUUCAGCUAAAUGGUGGUAGGAGUGAUGUGAGUAGUGGUGGUCGUCAAAUCAACAACACCGGGACAGGGACAAGCCAUGUUGCUCAACAGCAACAGAGACAACAAGUGUAUGGUUCUGGUUCUAAUUCUACUUUACCUGGAUCAGCAUCUUCUGCUCGGGCAUACAACAAUCCAUCUUCAGGCCCUCCAACGCGCCAUCAACCACCACCACCACCCAUGUACCAGAACAGGGGACCAGUGGCGAGGAACGAGGCACCUCCUCUCAACACUCCUAUCAAUGCGCUUAACCCUUAUUCCGGCAGGUGGACCAUCAAGGCCAGGGUCACUAGCAAAGGAGAUCUCAGGCGUUUCAAUAACCAGCGUGGGGAUGGGAAAGUGUUCAGCUUUGACCUUCUCGACGCUCAUGGUGGAGAGAUACGUGUUACUUGUUUCAACGAUGUCGCUGAUCAGUUCUACGACCAGAUCGUCUUUGGCAAUCUUUAUCUGGUUUCGAGGGGGAAACUGCGUCCUGCUGAGAAGAAGUAUAACCAUCUCCCUCACGACUACGAAAUCACGCUGGAUAACGCGUCGACGGUACAGCAGUGCUACGAGGAAGACGCUGCCAUCCCUCAGAACCUGUACAAUUUCCGUUCCAUUGGUGAUAUCGAAAGCAUGGAGACUAACAGCAUCAUCGAUGUGAUUGGCGUUGUGUCGUCUAUCAGCCCCACUGGAACGAUAAUGAGGAAGACCGGGACCGAGACGCAGAAGAGAUCUCUUCAGUUGAAAGACAUGUCUGGUCGAAGCGUUGAGGUGACUAUGUGGGGUAGCUUCUGCAACGCGGAAGGACAGAAGCUGCAGAGUCUUUGCGACUCUGGUGAGUUUCCUGUUCUUGCUGUUAAGUCGGGGAGGGUCAGCGAGUUUAACGGGAAGGCGGUGAGCACCAUUGGGUCAAGCCAACUCCUCGUUGAGCCAGACUUUGUUGAGGCUCGUAAGCUGAAGGAAUGGUUUGAGAGAGAAGGAAGGAGCGCCCCUUGUGUCUCCAUUUCGAGAGAGUUCAACGGUAGCGGCAGAGUAGACGUACGCAAAACAAUCUCUCAAAUUAAAGACGAGAAGCUAGGGACCUCGGAGAAACCAGACUGGAUCACAGUCAACGCCACUAUUAUAUACAUGAAGGUUGACAACUUCUACUACACAGCUUGUCCCAUCAUGAACGGUGAUCGUCCUUGCAAUAAAAAGGUGACAGACAACGGAGAUGGGACGUGGCGGUGCGAGAAGUGUGAUAAAAGCGUGGAUGAAUGUGACUACAGGUACAUACUGCAGCUCCAGUUACAGGACCAUACAGGUCUUACUUGGGUCACAGCGUUCCAAGAGGCUGGUGAGGAGAUAAUGGGAAUGCCUGCUAAAGAUUUGUACUAUGUGAAGCAUGAACACAAUGAUGAGCAGAAGUUUGAAGAUAUCAUCCGUAAGGUUGCUUUUACCAAAUACAUGUUCAAGCUCAAGGUAAAAGAAGAGACAUAUGGGGAUGAACCUACUGUGAAAGCAACGGUUGUGAAAGUAGACAAGGUGAACUAUUCAUCAGAUACCAGGGUGAUUCUAGGUGCCAUAGAGAAGCUCAGGACAGAGACUGCAAGUUCUCUCCCUGUGAGGCCAGAAGGAUCCCAUUACACCGCUGAUGCUGGCACCUCAGGUAUUGGAACCUCAUCACUCGGAAGAAGGGAAUUUGGUUUACCUGCAAACCAAUCAGUUCAAUAUGGUGGUGGUGCUAUGAGCUGCUAUGUCUGUGGGAACAGUGGUCAUGUUUCUGCAAACUGUCCAAACAUUUGAAUGAUCCUCUCGCUCUUUAUUUUUUUUUAAUGCAUAUCAUGUUUCUCUUUUGUCAUUCUGCAAACUUCAAAACUCAGUUUUUGUUCCCAUUUGAGUUUCUUAGUGAAGGAUGGUGAUUUUUUUC